AUGGAUUCUCGAAUACUGUACAGGGCAAAUAAAUGGGCGAAUUACGCUAUCCUUCUUCUCCAGGGGCGUGUUCUAGUUAUGGUCAGUAGUGAAGGUCUGGUUUUCGAAGCCGGUCCCUUUAUGCUUUUUGGAGAAACAGUGUUUAAGAAAGUUAAUGAGCUCUUCAGCCAGCUUUCUGAUUCCACUGACCCCUCGAUUCAAUCCGCUAAAUUGGCUACAGAAGCUCGAUUUAUGCCCGAUUAUACGGUUACUGCACAAACAAAUCUUCAAUACCUUCGCAUCACUGCAGAGCACUAUAUGUUAGCUCGAAGACUGACUACUCUGCAACAGCGUUCUGGUAAGGCAUGCUCAAAUCGUAUUAUUUUGGCUUAA